AUGGAAGCUGAGAUAACAGAAACUGCACGACAUGCGCAGAAUUUGCAAAAUUUCGUUGAUCAACAACAUCGAAAGUUAUUGGAAGAUCGACCGAAAAAGGCGUCGGGAAUAUAUCGUGCUACAGCUGAAGCUUUAUCAAAUGAGUUCGAUGGUGACAUUUCAAAAGUGAUUGAUUAUAUUCAAGUAAAACUUGAUUGGCCACUUUCACACAGGCGGUUACUUCUUCAUGAAGUGCAAAGUAAUGCAAGCGAUAAUCAGGAUAAGCUUGAUCAUAUCGCUAAUUUCGUAUUUGAUCCAACAAUAAAUAUAAAACGAAACCGUCGUUUUGGGACGUUCAUUCCAACCGUCUCUCCAGUCGAACGACUAUAUGGUACUGGUGUUUGUGCUAUAUUUCAUCUUCAAACCGCAUUUUUUCUUGUGAAUUUAUUGACAAUGAUCAUUUGGAUUGCGCUAAUUAUAAUUCCAUAUAAUAUUUUAAAACCUUCAGCAACAUCUUUAAAUGUUACACUUUCAUUUUCAUCAAUAUUUACAACAGAAGGUUAUUUAUCUCAAUCAAUUCUGUUUCAAGGCUCUUAUCCUAAAGGAAUAAUCAAUGAGAAAUAUAAUUUAUCGCUUAUAUAUUUUGUAACGACAUAUUUCUAUUUUUUUAUUUGGUUUGUUUUUAUUACAAUACGUUUUUCAACAACAUAUAAGCGAAAAGUGUUUAAUUCAAUAUUACAUACAAAACUUGGCAUUGGAUUUACGGGUACAUUUGCACGAUACAAUUAUACAAUUCGAUCAUCAAACCAAAAACAAAAACAUACGGAAGCUUUACAAAGGCAAUUUUUGGAUUUAAUUGAAAACGAUGAAACAAUUGAUAGAAUUCUUUUGAAAAAAUUUGAAACAUCUCAAUAUAAAUUUAAAAUAGUAAUAACAAAUUUAUUUUACAUUCUAUUAGCUAUUGCAUUAGGUGGACUCAACUGGCUAAUUUUAUCUUUCUGUGAUAAACCAACGAUUGAUUGCAGUGGAUCAAUUAUUUAUUUAGCUUUAAUCAAUCGAUUAAUACCAUAUGUUAUUGUUCUUCUUACGCAAAUUGAACAAUACAAAUAUUUAUCAUAUAAAUUAAAUGUUGUAGGGUUUAGAUGCGUCUUUUUAAACAUCUGUACGAUCCUAUCGUUUACCAUACAUUUUUUUACUAAUACUCCUUCAUGCUAUGAAACAGCUUAUGGACAAUAUAUCUAUAUUCUACUAUUAGCAGAUAUGUUUGCAUCAUUAAUCUUUCCAAUUUGUUUUGGUAUUAUCAUUGAUUUAAUACCGAAUAAAACAAAUCGUAAUUUUGAUGGGAUUAAUCUUCAUGUUCAAUUAAGUCCACCUGUAUUACUCUACAGUCAAUUAUUAAUAUGGUUUGGAAUAUAUUUUUCUCCUCUUUUAUCGAUAAUGGUCUUAUUAAAUAUCAUGUUUUCAUUUAUUUCUCAUCGUUUAUAUAUUUAUAUUCAUUCUCGUCGUUCAGAUUCCUAUCGACGUGUAUUCAUUUGGAAUGGUGAUCAUCUUGAAUAUUUAAUAUAUUUACUAGCUUGUCUUAUAUUAAUUUUAAGUGUAACAUGUUUCGUCGUGUUUACAACAGUAGUUAAACCAAGUGAAAAUUGCGGACCGUUUCGUCAGCUAAGUGCUGCAUACCAAGUGAUUGAAUUUUUUUUAAAUGAACAUCAAACAUCUGUUUUAUGGAUAUCAAUAAUUAAUUUUAUAACAUCACCUGGUUUUAUUUAUUUUCUUAUUGCUACGUUCAUUGUUAUUGCCUAUAAAUUACGACAUGAAGAAUUAGCUGAAAAACAACUUGUAUUCAUACGGGACAGUAAUCUUGCAAAUAAAAAAAAAUUGAGAGAAAAUGCAGUGAAAAAAUUAAGUCCACAACAAAAGAAGAAGAAGAACACGAAAGAGGAAAAAAACAAAACUAUUCCAAGAACAUCAGCUGCGGAUGAAGACAUUAUCGAUAUCGAACGAAUUUAA